AUGGGCGGAAAUCAGAAAAAAGUCGAUGCAGAGCUGGCCAGACAGCGAGAAGCCGAUAAAGCAGCACGCUCGUAUGACAAUUUAUUUACGAACACAGGAUACGAUGACGAUGAAGACGAGGAUGCGGAAUACAAGGAGAAGAAAACUGGUGAGUUGAAUUUUCUCCGUACUGCAACUAUCCUAGCUGUCUUGGGUGUCGCCCCUGCUGUCUUGGGGCAACUCGACUCCAAAAUCAAGGCUAAAGGGAAGAAGUACUUUGGUACAUGCUCCGAUUCAGGGCUGUUGUCUAACUCGCAGAACGCUGCCAUCAUUCGUUCUGACUUCGGUCAGCUCACCCCAGAGAAUAGCGCUAAAUGGGACGCUAUCGAGCCUUCGAGGGGAAACUUCAAUUUCGGUGGGUUUGACACCCUUGUGAACUUUGCUCAGAGUAAUGGCAAACUUGUUCGCGGACACACGUUCGUUUGGCACUCCCAGCUGCCGUCCUGGGUAUCCAAUAUAGGCGAUUCUGCUACUCUCACCUCUGUCAUCCAGAAUCAUAUUACCACUAUUGGAAACCGCUACAAAGGGAAGAUAUAUGCCUGGGACGUUGUGAACGAGAUUUUCAACGAAGAUGGUAGCUUGCGCUCUUCCGUCUUCAGUCGCGUCCUUGGGGAGAAUUUCGUCGCUAUUGCUUUCAAGGCUGCGCGUGCUGCCGACCCCUCUGCCAAGCUCUAUAUCAACGACUACAAUCUUGACUCUGUGAACAGCAAGGUUAAUGGCUUGGUUAACCUAGUCAAGCGACAGAUAUCCGCCGGAACUCCUAUUGACGGCGUAGGUAGUCAGGCACACCUCCAGGCAAGUAUUGAUUAUGAAUAUUCUUCCAAACCAACUGCUUGUUUUCUAACCAUGUCAAAGGCUGGUGGUGCUGGAGGAUUACAAGCUGCCCUUAACACACUCGCUAAUUCAGGAGUAUCAGAGGUUGCCAUUACAGAGCUUGACAUUGCUGGCGCUUCGGGUAGCGACUAUGCCACUGCGGUCAAAGCGUGCCUUAGUGUUUCCAAGUGCGUUGGAAUUACGGUCUGGGGUGUUUCCGACAAAGAUUCUUGGCGUGCGAGCAGCACUCCUUUACUCUUUGAUAGUAACUAUCAGAAGAAAUCAGCAUACAACUCGGUCAUCUCCGCUUUAUCUUAA